CUUGCUGCCUCUCCGGCGAGUAUCAAGCCAAACGCGGUGGUGGCCAAGGACGGGAGCGGGAAGUACAGCACCAUCCAGGAUGCGCUGGACAAAGUUCCAAAGAAAAGGAAGGGCGUCUACGUGAUUUACAUCAAACAAGGUGUCUACAAGGAAUACAUUACCGUCAACAAAACUAUGACCAAACUUAUGUUCAUCGGCGACGGCCCCACCAAGACCAUUAUCACCGGAAACAAGAACUUCGUCGACGGCAUUCCCACCUUCAAAACUGCCACCGUUGUGAUUACUGCUGAAGACUUCAUUGCACGAGACAUCGGGAUUGAGAACACAGCCGGGCCGGAGAAGCACCAGGCAGUGGCGUUGAGAGUCCAAGCCGACAAGGUGAUAUUCUAUAACUGUGCCAUGCAUGCAUACCAAGACACUCUCUACGUGCACACCAUGAGGCAGUUCUACCGUGACUGCGUCGUGUCAGGCACCAUCGACUUCGUCUUCGGCGAUGCGGCUGCAGUCUUCCAAGGCUGCACGUUCCUCGUCCGCAAGCCGUUGCCGAACCAGCAGUGCAUCGUAACAGCCCACGGGCGAAAGGAGCGCCGCCAGCCAUCCGCGCUGAUAAUACAAAAAUGCACCAUCAAGGCCGACAAGGACCUAGAGCCAGUGAAGAAACAGUACAGAUCCUUCUUGGGGCGACCGUGGAAGGAGUACUCAAGGACGCUCAUCAUGGACUCUUACAUUGAUAAUGUGAUCGAUCCACAGGGGUGGCUGCCAUGGAACGGGGACUGGGGCCUCAAGACAUGUUUCUACAGCGAGGUUAACAACAACGGACCCGGGUCCGAUAAGUCCAAGAGAGUGAAGUGGCGUGGAAUUAAGAACAUUACACCACAGCACGCCGCAUCUUACACCGCUGGGCGGUUCUUGUUGGGAGAUCGUUGGAUCAAGCCCACCGGGAUCCCCUACAUCUCCGGCAUGGUCAGCGGUGGCGCCGCUCAUUGAUCUCUUAAUCUUCAUCCUCCUGAUCUGAUUUUGAUCUUUUUCCCGAUCAGUGUUCUAUGUCAUGUAAUGGCUCUCCCCCUUUUUUCCUCUCUCUCUCUCUCUUAUGAUUUCUAUGUGUGGGUCUAAUUCUAUAUAGUGGAAGCAAAUAUUUUAUAUUUAUUCAUUUGCAAUCUUCCCAA